AAUUCGAACCCAAAAAACUAUAAUCUUUGACAUUUUCCAUCAAAGAUUUAUCUACAUUAUUUCUGUUAAUAAUUCUCUUUCAAUAGAUAAUCGUUUGUUUCGUGUUUUGAUUUUUAGAUUUACACGGAUAAUUUUCCGCAAUCAGACCGUGAAAGGUUUUUUUUUUAACUUUUCUAUUUAAAUUCAUUUUUAUCUACUGUCAGAAAAUCGGUCGGGACGAGUGAAUUGAUUAGCGCAAAAGAAUGGUGGAAUGCGUGCCGGUGACUGCGUUCAUGUUGAUGUGUCGUUACAUGGCAUACAUCGGCAAUAUGGCUGGUUAUCAGGAAACCACGACGAAUGGGACUCGUUACAUAAAAUUCGAGGGUAUACGCUACGCCCAGAAGUCGUUCCCAGAGACGCGUUUCAUGGAACCGUAUCCAGUCACUAAAAACGAGAACAUAGGGCGGAGGGUGGAUUGUAUGGAGAUAAACCCGGAAGACGGUUUACUGAUUGGUGAAGAAGACUGCCUCUUCCUUAAUGUCUUCGUUCCUCUACUAGACGAAAAAAAGUCGAUGCCGGUCAUGAUAUGGAUCCACGGAAGGGCUUUCCCUCUGAGGAGCAACAGAGUGUCUAUAUACAACCCGGAGCCGCUCAUGGAUCAUGAGAUGAUCGUUGUGACGUUGGCAUACCGGCUAGGUCCACUUGGUUUCGACCACUGGAGGGAACCGUUGUUGGAUCUUGGUGUCAGAGACCAGAAGUUGGCUAUAAAAUGGGUCUUGAGGAAUAUCCACAUGUUCGGAGGUGACCCGGAGAGGAUAACUCUGGCCGGGGAGAGCGCGGGCGCGGUGUACGCCCUUCACCAUGUCAACGGCUACUUCAAGGGGGAGGUGCGAAAGGCGAUCGCCCUAAGCGGGUUCAGGUACUCCCAAUGGGCCAUGACCCUUCAGCGCUGGACCAAGAGCCAAACCCAGGACCUUUUCCACUCGCUCAAAUGCGAUAAUUUAGACUGCAUGAGAGAAAAAACCUCGGUGGAGAUCGUCAACAGUUCCUACGUGUAUAACACAAAGAACCGUUGGCUUUGGUGGAAUAUAUUCAACGAAUUUCGUCCUCCGAUUGACUACAGGACAUUAAUGGACGAGCCUUGGGUUAAAGAGAAGCAAAGGGGUAACCAUUCCCUGCUCAUCGGCCUCAGGUUACACGAAGGGGACAUCAUUGAUGAAUUUUCAGCUAAGUAUAAAAAGUCUGAAGAAGAGCUCGGACGAUAUUACUGUCAGUAUUCAUACUACACGAAAAUGUUUGAAAAGAAGGUUACCCGGCACUGCGACUACUUCUUUGACCAGAUGAUAUCAUCUCUAUAUCCGGACGACGAUUUGGCAAGUAGCAUCAAGAACUUUGUCGAAGACGGCUGGGCCCUUUUCCCGAGCUCAUUGGAGGCGAGGUAUCAUCUAGGAGACUUCGAAGGGUUCAUGUAUGAAUUCAGGAUGUGCGGAGCGACUCCGAACUGCACGCUACAGUGCAAGGUGCCGUUCAUGAAGAUCAAUGACGGAUGCCCUCCAUACCGCAAAGAAUAUGAACCUGUAGCUAGCCAGUUCAAGAACGUCAUCGCCGAUUUCGUACACGGAAGGGAUCUCCAAGUUAAGCACUUCAUCGUCGACAACUACUUUUUCAACAUCACGGACCCUCUGAUUAACCCAGUCUCUUACUCCCACUACUUCAUCAGUGAGGAUUUGGCCUGGAGAAUGAAAAGUUGGAAGAGAUACUUUAGACAGAAAUAAACUUUAAUGAAAUUUAA